AUGACUGGGAAGGCAAUGGAGUGCCAGAGUGACCACUAUUUAGAGCGAAGGAUUGGUAACAGAUUUUGUGUGAAAUUGAACAAAUCUGAGAGUGAGAACAGCCAUCUUUUAAAAGAAGCCUGUGGAGAUGAAGUUAUGGCGUGGGCCCGAGUUUUUGAUUGGCAUUUAAAGAAGGGCAAGAAGAUGUUCGAGUUUGAAGUACGCACUGGUGGUCCAGUCACCCACAGGACCGAUUAAAACAUACAAAAGGUCAAACACUUGGUUUGUUUAAACAGGCAGUUAAUGAUGAGGAUGAUGGCUGAAGAAUUAAAUUUAGAAACUGUCGGACCCAUCCUGAAAGAAAACUUGAACAUGAACGUUUCUUACAAAGUUAUGGCAGGUAUUUUGAAGGAUGAGCCUACAUCUGGCAAACUCGACGGAUCUGAAACUAGGAAAAAUAACGUACGUGUAAGGGAAAAGGUGACAAAUUCUGGAGCAUUGAGUUACCUGCAGAACGGAUCCGAUGGGGAAAUGUCUGUCUGUUAUCACAUCCCUACCAUCUGACGUCGGCAGGGGUCAUCUGCAGCAAGCCUUCCCACGAGGUUGCUCAGGAUUGGUUUACACCCUGGUGAAAGGAACUAGAGGUAGUUGAACCUCCAACAAGGAAGCUGUCUCUUGUUAGGCACCCUCAUCUACUGCUCUUCUCCCUGUUAUGAACCUGCUACUUAAUUUGUGCUGGACUAUGGGGCCAUCCUCAUCCUUCUCCACUUUAGAAUGCUUUUGAUGGUUGACUUCUGGGUUUUGUUUAUUCUUGAUUUUCUUGGCCUCACAAAAUUUCAAUCUCUUUAUUUCCCCUUCCUCAGCUUGUUCCUUUGUGUUCAUCAUUCUGCCUCCGGAGCUCAUGCCAGGACUCCUAGAGUCCUGGCUCUUCUGGGAGGAUGCCUAAAGAAGGCCUACAAUUUCAGUCUGCUUUGCAGUUAGGACCCCAGGUCUAUUGCAGAAGACCAUAAUAUGCUGGUAUAUUGAGCCACGCUGGGCCUAAUAGCUGAUCUGACACAAAUGACUCAGUGGAAGCCCCCCAGAACCCAGGGGUUGCCCUCCAAUACUGAUCUUCUCACAGACCUUCUCACAGAAGAGCUGUGUUUAUUUCACUGUAGUUCUGUGCUUUGGCCCUCUAUUUACUUGAGUGUCCCCUCUGCUGGAAGAGAAGGCUCUACAAUAUGUAAGUCAGGUUAUAGGCCAACACUGUGGUAUUUUAAGAGAAAGACCAGCCGGGUGCUGGUGGCUCACACCUGUAAUCCUACUUAGCAGUAAAGCUACU